AUGCUGUCCAGCGGCACACGUCAUCGACACACGGUGCUGCUGUUGAGGCUCUCACCCUGUCUCCCUCCUCCUCACCUCUGUUUGUUCGCUCCUGUAGAGUUUCCAGGUCACUUUCUCAUGCAGGGUGUGUCUGUCCGGCUGCUGCAGUGUGGCCGCUCCCCAGCCCUGAGCCCUCGCCUCUCAUCUACUCUUUCGCCUCCAGUUGGCUCUGGCUCUCUGGACUCCUCCUCACGUUCGCGCUGCUCUUCUCGCUGCACAGGUCUGCUUGGCAUGCAGCAGGCUCUCGAGGCCUGGCGCGUCUAA